AUGGCCAUCAGCUGCUUCCCACCCGUGGAGAGAUCCUGGGAGUUGACUCCCAAACCAGUCAAAGGUUUUGGGGGUUCAACUCCCACUUUGUGGGCAAUCCAGGGCUUGGGAGUUGGCUCUCCACUUUUUGGGAGUUGUUUAACCAAGCCCCUAAAUGACUUAGAACAAAUCAAAGCACAAGGUUGCCAAAUAGGUUUCCCCCAGAAACGAUGUCUUGGAGUCCGAACUUCAAGGAAGGCUAAAUCUAGUAAGAUCUCAUUUCUACUGAUACCCAUAAACAACGACCAUCACAAAUUCCCCGAGUGA